UGAGCACGGUUUCUAUGAAUUUCAUGUCCUUUUGAGAAAACAAGUGCACCUACAAGAAUGGUGGGCGGUCCAGAUUUAUCUGUACCUUCAGUUGUGACCAAGACUGGCAUUGAUAGAAACCAAGAAGCAGACAAGGGCUGUCACCAGAGAGCAGAAGCCAUUGAUGCCAUGCUUAUGCCUUCUAGAAUAGCCAAGGCAGUGUCUCCAGUAUCUGCAGCUGAUGGAGAGAAUAUCAGGCGGCCGCGUGGUAGGCCAGCUGGCUCAAAAAACAAGCCAAAGCCACCAAUUAUUGUCACCAGAGACAGCGCCAAUGCGCUUCGUGCACAUGCAAUGGAGGUGAGCUCAGGCUGUGAUGUUAGUGAGAGUUUGGCUAACUUUGCAAGAAGGAAGCAACGAGGUAUUUGCAUACUAAGUGGUACCGGUUGUGUGACAAACGUUACACUCCGACAACCAGCUUCCUCCGGGGCAAUUGUUACCCUUUAUGGGCGGUUUGAAAUAUUAUCAUUGCUUGGAUCAAUCCUUCCCCCGCCAGCUCCACCAGGAAUCACCGGAUUAACAGUUUACUUAGCAGGAGCUCAGGGACAGGUUGUGGGUGGGAUUGUGGUUGGUUCACUGAUUGCUUCAGGCCCUGUGGUGAUAAUGGCUGCUUCUUUCAUGAAUGCUACUUUUGAUCGUCUUCCAUUAGAUGAUGAUGAAGUUGCUGCAGCCAUGCAGAAUCAGCAUUACCAAAAUGGUUGUCAUCACCACUUGGAUAUUUCCGAUUUGUAUGCCAUGCCACAGAACUUGCUUACAAAUGGCACUGUGCCUCCUGAGAUUUAUUCUUGGGCACCUGGGCGAACCAUGUCAAAAACCUAGACUGGGUUAGCAGCUAUGCAAGAAUUGCACUCUCGCUACUGCUAAGCUUCUGCUGUUGAGCAUUGCUUAUUAUUAUUAUUGUUGUAAUUUUUUUUAUUGCUUCAAUUGAGUAACCAGAUUAUGCAAGGUC